UGCGAUUCUUGCACAGGCAGCAGUAAUGUAUACCUGCUGUCUCCUGGUCCACGCAUGGCAUCGCUGAGAGGUGGCAGAAGCUAUUAGGUUGCACAAAUGUUCGAACCAGAAGACCAUCUGGAAUGGUUCCCCAAGCCACCUUUGCUCCUUGUGGGCAGGAUUGGACUCUGGGCUUUCUCAGUCGAAACAGAACUCACGUUGCUUGUCUUCCUUCUAUGAGACAUGGAAAACAAAGCUUAUAAAGUUGAAGGCACGUGGCACCUACCACAAUGCAAACACACCCUGGAGCGUGAGAAGAAGAAGAAGACCAAGCCUCCCCCGGGAACAGUGUCUGUGGCCACCGGUAAAAGUGGGCCCGCAGUUACAGUCAUCGAGAUUUCCCCUGAGACAACCGAGGUCAAUGAUUACUACUUGUGGUCCAUCUUCAACUUUGUCUACCUGAACUUUUGCUGCCUGGGCUUCAUCGCACUGGCCUACUCUCUGAAGGUCAGAGACAAAAAACUCUUGAACGACCUCACGGGAGCUGUGGAAGAUGCAAAGACGGCACGACUGUUUAACAUAACGAGCUCAGCUCUUGCGACCCUCACCAUCAUCAUCGUGCUGUUGUACCUGCGCUCCCCACCUGCUCACUAUUAGGAGCGUGGCCCUCCAUACAGUGACGUCCGUAUUAGAGUGAGAUAGCUCUUCAUCGUCUACUGAGACAGUGAGUCCUGUGCCGUGCGAUUAGAUGUAGCGGUCAACCACAGUUAUCUCCUUAUCUUCUGAAAUUCCGACCACAUUUUUCUCCGGAUCACACUGUGAUGUCAUCGCGCCAUGCCGUAAGGCAGCCUCCAAUUGGCUGAUGGCAGCUAAUAUGCAAAACAUCAUCGGCGGAAGAGAUAAACACCUCAGCACCGCGGGGGAGAGGAGGCUCCUGAGAUCGGGACUGUUCCCUGGGGCCCCUCCCCUACUGUGCCUCGUCCAAACUGACCAAGCCUGUGAAUAUAGAGUGUCAUCUCUUUGGGCAAGUGAUCACAUCCUAUCAAAUAAAGGACUAAUGUUUUCUUAAAGAGAGAGU